AUGGAUCCGUCGAAUUCUCCUUCAAAAACUGAUAUCGAUGCAAUAUUUUCACGACUUCUUUCAAGACCCUCCAACAGAGUGUGUUUUGACUGUGGAGCCGGUAAUCCGACAUGGGCCAGUGUCACAUACGGCGUCUUUUUGUGCAUUGACUGCUCGGCUGUGCACCGAUCUCUUGGUGUGCACAUUAGUUUUAUAAAGUCGACGCAAUUGGACACUAAUUGGUCCUGGUUGCAGUUGCGGACAAUGCAAGUUGGAGGGAAUUCCAACGCCCUUGCUGCUAUCCAAACUGGUUCUGCAUCAAACGAUGUAAAGCAAAAGUAUAGUAGCAGAGCUGCUCAAUCUUAUAGAAACAAACUUGAAAGUCUUGCAAUGAAAGCUAUGCAAUCGAUGGGUUCAAAUGUAAAUUGUACAUUCCAUAACUUAGAUGCAGAGGAUACGCUCGUGAAUGUCCCCAAAGAUACUGAUUUCUUUGAAGAGCACACAAAGAACUCACUAGUUGAGGAUAUAGGUGGCAUGACACUUAGCGGUACUGUUGUGACCAGCACUGCUUCUGUCCCUCCCCACGGUAGGUUAUUCCUGUCUAUAUCUUGA